CUAUUUUGUCUUCAAUGGUUAACCAUUUAAAAAUGGCUUCAUUCAUGUGUACUUUUGAAAUUUAUAUGAAGUGGUGUACUCAUAAUAAUGUUUGUAAUUAUAGAAAAUAAAAUUACUAUAUAAUAUCAUAAAUUUGUAAUUACUUUCGACAGGAUGAAUACUAGAAAUAUUGAUUUGUUACCUGAAUUUGAAUCUGCCUUUACUGAACAAAAAUGGGACAAAUUGCUGAGUCUUCUGAAACCUAAACUGUUCAGAACCCUUGAAUCAGAGGGAAUAAUUGCCUUUUCAAUUGUAGCUAAAACAGCAGAAAUUCUUACAACAGAAGACUGUUUUGUUCCUAAUAACAUAAAAGUUGCAUGCUUAAAAUGUUUGGGAAAUUCCUGUUUGAAUGAUUAUAGACAUAAAGAAUAUAAUUAUACUGAUAUUAAAUGUGGAGUUUAUUGUCAUGAAUUAUAUGUCAAACUAGCUACAAGUAAUGAAAAUUUAAAACAAAUAGAAAUCUCAAAUUUGUAUCCAUUUCAUUCACAUUUUCCUUAUGAAGGAAUUAUUGAAUGGACAGUGAAUUUUAUUAAAUCUUGUGAAGUUUGUGAAAAUACAAUAGAUGAAGAAUUAGAAAUACUUAGACUAAGUAUUCAGUUUUUAUGUAAUCUAUUUACGUUUGCGUAUAAAAGCAAUAGUUUUCCAGAUCAAUGUGAUAUACCUAAGUUUUUAUACGAUACUAGUUUAAAAGAUGUAAUAAUGAAUCUAACUCAUUCUAAUCAUAUUUCACUUGUUAGAGCUUCUUGUAUAUUUAUACAUAACGCCUUGAAAGAAUUUGAAAGGAAAAUUUUUACAGAUCAAGAAAAACUUCUGUUAUAUUCACAACUUUUAAAGCCAAUUAAAGAAGGUUUUGAUAGCGCAAAGGAGGCUCUAAUGAUGUUAUUAUGUGAAUCAAAUAUAUUCAAAAAUGCCUAUGACAAUCUGAAUAUUGAAGACAAAUUAUAUUUAUUGGAAAUAAUACACCAUGAAAUCUCAGAUUCAAUAUAUAACUCUAAACAGGAGCAUCAAUUUAUAGAAGACAUAAUUAUGUUUCUAGCAGAAAGAUUUUGUAGAAUGAGCAAUUUAAUUUUAAACACAGUUAAUUCAUAUUCAGAUGAUGUGGAAACUACAGAAAUCAUUGUUCUCCUUGACAUUCUUGGGACUAUAACUUCUGGCUCAUCAAAAGAAUAUCAAUCCAUAAAAAAUUAUAAAAGUUUACUUAUUGAUUGUACCUAUCUUUUGAAAGCUAUACAAAUGAUUGGUAGAGAAUCAAAUAAUUUCUUCACUCCAAUGCAAAAGUUAAGUGAUAUAGCACAAAUGAUACAAGAAUCUAAAAACAAUGAAUCGAAAGAAGAUUCAGACACAAAGAAAACAGAGAAUGAGGAAAAAAUAGAGGAAAAAAGUUUAAAUUGUCACCCUGCUUUUGGUUUCAAAGCAAGAUUAAUAAGAAUUAUUGGAAAUAUGUCAUACAGAAGUAAAGAAUGUCAAAAUCUCCUCCGUGAAAUGGACGCCAUUCCUCUGCUUCUGGACUGUUGCAAUAUAGACGCGAGGAAUCCACUUAUAAUGCAAUGGACGAUCCUCGCCAUGCGGAAUUUAUGCGAGGAUAAUCCGGAGAAUCAAGAGAUUGUGCGGAAUUGCACCAGGAUCGGAGUUGUGGAGAACAGCGUGCUCCGGGAAAUGGGCGUGACGUUGCACGAGGACGAGGCCGGUCAAAAAAUUGGAAUCGUGCCUUUGCCCCGUGACAAGUAAACUACGGAUUUUUAUUGCAAAUUCACUGUUUUGAAUUAAAAGUGAAAUUGAAUAGAAACUACCUUUUUUUUUAUUUAACCGCGUUUCACUCGUUUUUAUGCAAACUUGUGGCUUUGUAAAAUAAUUUACUGAAACUGAGAAUAUAACCUUCAUUAGCAUAAAACACGAUAUAUUUAACCUCGUGCAUAUUUUUCAGAAAGAUUCUAAAAAGAUAAAAAAGUAGUCAAUUCAUCUAUAUUUAAGAAUAUUGUUUAAAACAUGUGUUUAAGGAUUAUCUUUUUUAUAUCUUAUUGAUACAGGUUAUUUAUUGUUCAAACAUGUUUCUUUUCGCUCAAUAUUUGACCGAUAAAGUGAUUAUCAUUAUUGUUAUACAGAAAGCGGCUUCAAAUGGAAAUUAUAGCGCCAACAGGUUUCGAGUAAAAUAAAAAUGUCAUAAAAAUUUAUUAGCCUGUAUUUGACGCUUGGCUUUGGGCAGACGCGUAUGUCAUAAACGCUCUAAAUCCGCGGUCUAAUUGCUGAACAGUGUUAGCCUACACUGUUGGCUAUCAGCCAACUUACACGCGUAGUUAUGGAUCCGGCGGAUCGUUUUCUUCAAACGAGAUCGCAGGUUAGCCGUACGGUUACAGGCUCAGCGUUAAUUAUUUUACUAUUUACUGGCACGCGGCUGGUGUGUACCGAUAGCUCACCGGAUAAGGUAUCGCUGAUCUCUUUAUCGAGAGUUAGGCGCAAUAAUUAUUCGAGAGAGUUAGGCCGACUACGGGGACCGUAUUCCCGCCGCGUGUCGACUGUAAAAUAAGCCCGCAAUUAUAGUACAUGAUAGGUACCAUUACAUGAAAUAUGAUAUCGUAUUGCAUAAAGAGACAUUAUAUCUGCAUUCAUGGCUGAGUGAUUUACGGUACAAUGAGAGCCGCCGCGGAGUUCACGGUCUAUUAGCAGUUACUAAUGCAGCUGCGCCGAUCCGUGCGCGCGCCGUAUCCAUCGCGCGAAUCCGUUUUCGACGGUGAAUCCGAUUCCGUGAUUGAUUAUCGAUUUUUGAUAAUGAAAAACAUUACGAAAUGAAACAUGUCGGUUUGAACCGUAAGUGAUGAUUUAUUAUUAAUAAUAUUAUCGUUGGUAGCAAGUGUUUACCAUUAAGGAAAGUUGAAUUUGCUUUUUAGAGUAAUUUAUAUUGAAUGCAGUUGAAUGAAAGUUUAUAUUUUUUAUUAAGAAUUUUGAUGGUUUAAGUUAAAAAUAUUAUUGAACAGUUUUAACGUUUUGAUAAGUGGAUUUUUAAAAAUUUUGUUAGCGAGUAAGGUAGCUAUUAAGGUAAGCUUAGGAAGCUGUAUAAAGUGAUUUCAAUUUUAUUUCUUCCUCUAUUCAGUUUCACCACCAUUAACUUUCCAAGCGCAACUCAUUAAUUAUCCUAUUUUUCUCGUCUGUUCAUAUUUAUAAAUCGAUGCAUAUUUUGAGGCGGGGGAAGAAAAAGUGAGGAAGAAAGUGUAAUUUAACCAACUGGGUCUAUAAUUUGCAAGAAUGUCGUAUCGAUGGAAUCGAGAGUGACUCUCUAAAGUCUGAAGAUAUUAAAAUAUGAGAAAAAUAAAUGUUGUACGAUGAAAAAUAAAUUGUAGGUAGCUAUCAAUCUUAUAAUAAAUUUUAUGGUCGAUUGAUAUUGGAAUUUGUUGGAUUAAAAGUGAGAUGAAUUUGAGAAAUUGUACUAUUCUUAUGUUUCCGUUUUCACUUUUCUUUUAUUCAAACGCAUGCUGAUUAUUAGGUAUCUAGUCAGUUAAUUGACACUGUGAACGAUGCUUUCGCUGUGCACUGUUUAAUUCGCAUACCUUGUGAUUAUUAAUAUCCUUUAAUACAUAUCAUUAUCCCGUUUACUUCACGUAAAUCGAUUAUGCCGGAAGUACUGAACCAGCUGCCAUUUUCCUUUCUAAUGAAGUACCACCAACGUCGCGUGGUAUUGGGCGUAACUCCAUGACAACUUUUAUGUGAAACCUUUUUUCUGAGAUGACAAGUAUUCUGGAAUCGUUUAAUAAUCAUAAUUUAUUUAACGGUAGCCUUUUAACGCAUAAGAGAAAUAUCUAGUAAUAAUCAUACCGUGGAUACUGUAACGCGAGCAAAAAGCAUUUGAAGAAAGUUAAUGAUACAGAAUGAGACGAAAAGAACAUUUGCAUCCAUGUGAAGUAGUAUAUAGAAACACAACAGUAUACAAUAAAAAUUCCAUUAAAUUCAUA